CGUCUGGGCGCCACGGAUGUCUCCAUGGAUCCACAGAACUACUUCUAUGCUUGCCUGAUGUCCUUAUGGCUGCACCGAUUUUACAUCUAUUCCUCUCUUGCCUUGGGGAUCAGUGUUUGGGUCUGCAUUCAGUGCUUCACCAGCAAAACCAGGAAAAAGGAUGAGAAGUGCAAUGGGAAUCCAGCCUCUGCUGAAGAAACGGAGGGCAAGCUCGUAAAUGGAUAUGCCACCUCAAAGGCAAAAGAGGUCUAUGUUGCUGGAGUAAAGAUUUUCUAUGGGUCCCAGACUGGCACAGCAAAGAAAUUUGCCGAAGGUCUGGCUGAAGCAGUUAAUUCCCUUAAUUUGUCUGCAGAAGUUAUUAAUAUGGGAGACUAUGAUCCAGAUGAUAGUUUAACAGAGGAGACAACCAGCAGGAACAUUUGUGUGUUCUUGGUAGCGACGUACACGGAUGGACAACCGACGGAGAGCGCAGCGUGGUUCUGCAAAUGGUUGGAAGAGGCUGUGAGCGACUUCCGCUUUGGCAAGAUGUACCUGAGAGGCCUGAGAUACGCYGUGUUUGGCUUGGGGAACUCGGUUUAUGUUGAUCACUACAACACAGUUGGAAGAAAUAUUGACAGGUGGCUGUGGAUGCUGAGUGCCAGCCGUAUCAUGACUCGUGCAGARGGGGACUGCAACGUGGCCCAGAGCAGACACGGCAGCAUCGAGGCUGAUUUUGAAGCCUGGAAAACAAAGUUCCUCAGUCGACUCCAGGYGCUCUGCAAAGGCGAGAAGAAACCCUGCAGUGGGAAGUGCAAGAAAGGCAAGUGCAAAUCGCAGGGGAAGCAGAGCAAGGAGAGCUCGGAUCAUGGACACGGGACGUCGGCAUACGUGAAUGCUGAGGCAGAGGAGUUUUUUGAAACCACUAGUGAGGAGGAAUCUGAUGCUGAGAAAGCUGGAGACACAAAUUCUGUCAUAGAUGUUGAAGAUCUGGGUGAAAUCAUGAGCCACGUGAAGAAAGCUAAGAGGGAGCGUGAGCUUGGGGAAGGAGGUGGCGGAGCGAGCCGGCCUCAGGAGAGCGCUGCAAGGAAGGAGGAGGGGGAGAGGAGAGAGAUGAUCACCGCAGCUCUGAGGGACGCGCUCACCAAACAAGGUUACAAACUGAUUGGUAGCCACUCCGGGGUGAAGCUCUGCCGAUGGACAAAGUCGAUGCUCCGAGGCCGAGGAGGCUGCUACAAACACACCUUCUAUGGCAUUGAGAGCCACCGCUGCAUGGAGGCCACGCCGAGCCUGGCCUGCGCCAACAAAUGCGUCUUUUGCUGGAGACAUCACACAAAUCCAGUGGGUACAGAGUGGCGAUGGAAAAUGGAUCARCCUGAAAUGAUCUUGCAAGAGGCUCUUGAAAACCAUCAGAAUAUGAUCAAGCAGUUCAAAGGAGUGUCGGGAGUUAAAGCAGAUCGCUUGGAAGAAGCGAUGACAGCGAAGCACUGCGCGCUGUCUCUGGUGGGAGAGCCCAUCAUGUACCCGGAGAUCAACCGCUUCCUGAAGCUUCUGCACCAGCAGAACAUCUCUAGUUUCCUGGUUACAAACGCACAGUUCCCAGAGGAGAUUAGGAACCUUGAGCCGGUAACGCAGCUGUAUGUCAGUGUGGAUGCCAGCACCAAAGAGAGUCUGAAGAAAAUUGAUCGCCCCCUCUUCAAGGAUUUCUGGCAGAGGUUUCUAGACAGUUUAAUGGCCUUGUCUGAAAAGCAACAGCGCACGGUCUACAGGCUGACGCUGGUCAAAGCUUGGAACGUGGAUGAACUCAAAGCUUAUGCUGAGCUGGUUUCCCUCGGUAAACCGGACUUCAUUGAGRUCAAGGGAGUGACUUACUGCGGCGAAAGCUCGGCCAGCAACCUGACCAUGGCCAACGUGCCCUGGCAUGAGGAGGUGGUGCAUUUUGUUCAGGAGCUGGCUGACCUCAUCCCGGACUACGAAAUUGCCUGCGAACACGAGCACUCCAACUGUCUCCUGAUCGCUCACAAGAAGUUCAAGAUCAAUGGAGAGUGGUGCACCUGGAUCAAUUACGAUCGCUUCCAGGAGCUSGCGCAGGACUACGAAAGGAGCGGAGGAGCAAAGACUUUCACGGCAGCAGAUUACGUGGCCAAAACUCCCCACUGGGCACUGUUUGGGUCUAAAGAAAGGGGGUUUGACCCCUUGGACAUAAGAUACCAGCGAAAGAACAAAACCAAAGACGUCUCAGGGUGCUGAUGUUGCUGAGGGGUUCUCUCAAUUGGCCAACGAAUUUGGGUUUCCAUUUGGAUAAUUGGAUGCUGAUACCGAACCAAAUCACCUAAAUCUCCUGUCAUGUGAUGUAGAAAAGGAGGGUAAAAUCUUUGUUUAACCUUUCCCUCCAGUUUUUAAUGCUUUUUGGAUGAAAAUAUUUAUGAUGCUUUUUCCCUUGUAUAAAUGGUGCGUGUGAGCAAUUUAUCCCAACUGGCAGAGUAAGAAG